GUUUGUUGCUAUUGACAAUAAUGAUACAUUGGGAAAUUUAUUCUAUGAUGUAACCAUUAAACUUGUUGAAAAGGAGCCCAUAGUGAGUUUGGGGAUGGCUCAGUGAUAGGUCCCUGUAUAGAUCACAGCACAAAAUAAGCAAGUGGGGACAGUGGUAAUCUUCUUAAUAACUCUAUUUUAUGUGUCCUGGAAGGUGGCUAGGGAGGCACAUACUGUGGCCACUUAAAGAAUCUUAGAUAUGAGGCCUUAAUUUUGCAUGUGUCUUACUAAUGUCACAAAGACAGAAUGUAAGCCAGGUGUCCAUAGGCACCUAAACUAUAGUUUAGAUAGAAGAAAGCAAGCCUGUGAGAUAAUAUAUAAACUUGUUUAUGUUCUCCCUGAAAUAAAUGAGCAUGCACUGAGUACUAAUUCACACAUAAAAUUAUGCCAUAUGUGUAUUAUCCAACAUUCAAACCUAACAGGAAGAAAUGUUUUGUUCUCAGUGCUUAGUCUAUUGUGAACUUGAAACUUCCUAUUUUAUUCCAUUGCUUAAACUUCCUGAUAUGGAAACAUGCUGCUGACCACUUUACUUUGGAUGUAUGAAAGUGUCAUAUAUGUGUAGCACUGAGAAGUUUGAUGAGAUCAUCAUUUAGAUUCUAGUUUAAAAAUUAAAUUCAACUUCCACAAAGGGGAGUUUAUCUUGUGUUGAGAAGGACCAGCUUACAAUAGUUAUUGCCCUUAGUGGUCUGACACCACUACAGGGAAAAAUAAAAUGUGGGAGAGAUGAAGUUCCUGUGAGUUUCCUAAAAAAUCUAAAGUCUGUAUUAUAGAAGGAGGAAAAUGUCAAUUAUGAUAAUAUUGUAACUAUAUUUUAAAGGACAUUGGUAAGUAGAAAUAAUGAGUAUUUAGAGAUAAACAGUCUAUGUGAAAAUUGCUUUUGAAUAUUCUAGAUAGAUGUAUUUACAAAUUGUUUAAAGAGAAUAAAUAUUAAAUGAAAGAAUUCACAAAGACACAUGGUGGCGCUAUAGGAUAAGAUGAGACAGUACUUAACGAGCUCUGAGGGCUCAGCCAUCCAGAGGAUGAGAGAAUAGCCAAUCCAUUGAGAAGGGAGGUAUUACAGGAGCUUCACUGACAGAGCUGCCAAGGGAUUUUCAACAGAAAAAUCGGACCUUCGUCUCUCAAAAUUGGGACCAAAUUUAAUUCUGCAACAAAGGAGGUUGACUGCAGGCACUAUGGGAACUAGAAGGACACUCACUCUGUGGAAAAGGCAAGUCUUGGUUUUCUUUGUUUUUCUGGGAUUGUCUCGGGUGAGUACUGGAUCUUUGCACUAUUCUGUAGAGGAGGAAACAGAAAUUGGCUCUUUUGUGGCUAACCUGGCAAGGGAUCUGGGCCUGGGGGUUGUGGAGCUGUCUUCUAGGGAGGCAAGAGUAGUGUCCGAUGAUAAUAAAAAGCAUUUACACCUUAAUUUGAUGACCGGAGAUAUGCUCCUGAGUGAGAGACUGGACCGGGAGGAGCUGUGUGACUCCAUCCAGCCCUGUGUGCUGCCUUUUCAGGUGGUGCUGGAAAAUCCUCUACAGUUUUACCAAGCUGAGCUGCAUGUCACAGAUAUAAAUGAUCAUUCCCCUACAUUCCUGGACAAGGAAAUAUCUAUUAAAAUACCAGAAAGUGCGACUAUCGGAUCCACAUUCCUAAUUGAGAACGCGCAAGAUCUGGACAUAGGAAGCAACAGUCUCCACAAGUACAGCAUUAGCCCCAAUUCUCAUUUCUACAUUAAAAUUAAUGACAGUGGCAAUGGAAAAAUAUAUCCCGAGCUGGUUCUAGACAGAGCUUUAGAUCAUGAGGAGGAAAGUGAGCUUCGGUUGACACUUACAGCACUGGAUGGUGGGUCUCCACCCAGGUCUGGGACAAUAUCCAUUUUCAUAAAGGUCUUGGACAUCAAUGAUAAUGCUCCUGAGUUUGCCCAGAGUUUCUAUGAGGUGCAGGUCCCAGAGGACAUGCCCAUUGGUUCCAGUAUUAUUGCUAUCUCUGCUAAAGAUUUAGAUUUAGGAAAUUAUGGCAUAAUAUCAUAUUCAUUUUUGCAUGCACCAGAAAGCAUUAGAAAAACCUUCAACAUCAACCCAACUUCUGGGGAAGUCAACUUGAGAUCACUACUAGAUUUUGAAGUAAUACAGUCCUAUUCUGUAAAUAUCCAAGCAACAGAUGGUGGAGGUCUUUCAGCAAAAUGCACUCUUUCAGUCAAAGUAUUGGAUAUAAAUGACAAUGCUCCAGAAGUGACUAUAUCAUCAAUUGCAAAGACAAUUCCAGAGAAUGCUUCGGAGACCCUGGUUGCUCUUUUCAGUGUCCGAGAUCAAGACUCUGGGGACAACGGAAGGAUUCUUUGCUCUGUUCAAGACGAUCUUCCAUUUAUCCUGAAGCCCACCUUCAAGAACUUUUUCACUCUACUUUCUGAAAAGGCACUGGACAGAGAGAGCAGAGCUGAGUACAACAUCACCAUCACAGCCACCGACCUGGGCACACCCAGGCUCACAACCCAGCACACCAUAACAGUGCAGGUGUCUGACGUCAACGACAACGCCCCCGCCUUCACACAAACCUUCUACACCCUGUUUGUCCAGGAAAACAACAGCCCCGCCCUGCACAUAGGCACCAUCAGCGCCACAGACUCAGACUCAGGCUCCAAUGCCCGCAUCAUCUACUCGCUGCUGCCUGCCCACGACCCGCAGCUGGCCCUGGACUCGCUCAUCUCCAUCAAUGCGGACAACGGGCAGCUGUUCGCGCUCAGGGCUCUGGACUAUGAGGCUCUGCAGACUUUCGAGUUCCGCGUGGGCGCCACAGACCAAGGCUCGCCUGCGCUCAGCAGCCAGGCGCUGGUGCGUGUGCUUGUGCUGGACGCCAACGACAAUGCGCCCUUCGUGCUCUACCCGCUGCAGAAUGCAUCUGCGCCCUGCACAGAGCUACUGCCCAGGGCGGCGGAGCCAGGAUACCUGGUCUCCAAGGUGGUGGCAGUGGACAGCGACUCUGGCCAGAACUCCUGGCUGUCAUUCCAGCUGCUCAAGGCCACAGAGCCAGGGCUGUUCAGCGUGUGGGCUCACAAUGGCGAGGUGCGCACCUCCAGGCUGCUGAGUGAGCGCGAUGCUCCCAAGCACAGGCUGCUGCUGCUGGUCAAGGACAAUGGCGACCCUCCCAGGUCUGCCAGUGUCACUCUUCAUGUGCUGCUGGUGGAUGGCUUCUCUCAGCCCUACCUACCUCUGCCCGAGGUGGUGCGCGACUCUGUCCCCGAUGAGGAUGCACUCACGCUGUACCUUGUCAUUGCCUUGGUGUCUGUGUCUUUGCUCUUCCUCAUGUCUCUGCUGCUGUUCGUGGGGGUGAGGCUGUGCAGGAGGGCCAGGGCGGCCUCUCUGGGUGGCUGCUCUGUGCCUGAGGGACACUUUCCUGGUCACCUGGUGGAUGUCAGUGGUGCGGAGACCCUGUCCCAGAACUACCAAUAUGAGGUGUGUCUGAUGGGAGGUACAGGGACAAACGAGUUCAAAUUUCUGAAGCCGGUCAUCCCCAGUCUUCAACUCCACGAAGCCAGUUCUAACAUGCAGGAAAAUGAAAACUUUAGGAAUAGUCUUGGAUUUAAUUUUCAGUAAAAAUCUCCUUUAUGCUAUUAAUAUUUUCCUUUUAUUAAUCGAUUGCAGAUUCUCUUUUUUCUUAGUCUUUAAUGGAUUUCAGAUUUUAUUGACGUUGCAUGCGUUUUUAUUUCACAUGUUUUCCUCACAGUUGUUUUUAAAACUUUAUGAGGCUGGAGUGAUGUAAAGAAACAUUCUGCAGCCUUUGCUUAUUCUUGUUGUAGUUGUAUGUUAACGGUUCUGCUGUUUGUUACACAAGACCCAGAGAUGGAAACGCUGACCUAAGCACUGAGAGUAAAUGUGUUGAGCUGCUGGUUACUGCCCCUGUGGAAUCCACAUGCAGGCAGCUCUGGGUGAAUCUACAACAGGAGGAAGGGGGUAGGGGACUAAAAAGGAGCAAGUAUACGAGAGUUAUUUGAAUAUACUAUUAAAUCCCAGCAAGCAGAAUUUUUAAAUAUUGCUGCACCUGGGUAGAAAUUAUAGUGUGUCAUUUGUACUAUUUUCCCUUCAAUUUUUUUCAUCGUAAAAGAUUUAAAAUGCCACCCCUCCAUAUACAGUCGUAGAGGCCUUUGUGUCCUAGUGUUUCAUAACCUGUAAUUUUUCCUUAUCUAUUUUCUAAUAAUGCUUUCUAAUUCUCAAAAUAUUAUAGGUCUUGAUACUGCUGUUUUCUUGUUUUUAAAUACACCAUUUCGUUGGCUCGGUUAAAAUUAGUGGUAUUCUAUACCAUUUAUUGCUAAAGCAGAUAAUAAGGUCAUAAUCUUGUUCUAAGUAAAAUAGUCUUUUGCCAUAAAAGAGCAGUAUAAAAACUCCCUAGGAAUUAAAAUAAAGACUUUUAAGCGAUUUAUUUUCUAUUUUAUGUGCACUGAUACUUUGCCUGCAUGCAUGUCUCUGUGAGGAUGUUGAAUCCCCUGCACCUGUAAUUACAGAGAGUUGUGAGUUAUCAUGUUGUUCCUGGGAAUUGAAUUUGGGGCCUCUGGAAAAGCUGCCAAUGCUCUUAUUUACUGAGCUAUCUCUCUAGCCACUGAAAUAAAAUUUUAAAAUGCUAAAAAGA